AUGGCAGCUGAAGCUCAACAAUUCUUCGAUCUUUUCGAUUCUUACUGGUUUGCACAUCAAAUCUUCAACAAAACCCUCAUCCCACCUCCCAAAUUCCACAAAAACGCAGAAUCAAUCGCUAAAACAACUCAAACUCUUCAUUUCCCGGCUGUCCCCACCGUUAAUGUCAGAUCUUACAGUGACCAGUUGUUCAUGGAUGCCAAGAACCUGAGUUUCAUCUCCGAUUCUCCGAACUCCGUUCUUAAUCUCCAAACUCCAAAGCUAGAAACCAUUUUCUCCGGCAUGAAUAUGAAAGAAAUCCAAGAAUUACCAGUCCGAGAAAAGGAUAGAGUAUCAGGAAGACGCAGAAAGAGGAAGAGCAAAAGCAAGAGCUUGUCGGAGCUUGAAUUCGAGGAGGUAAAAGGGUUUAUGGAUUUGGGUUUUGUGUUUUCUGAAAAGGAUAAAGAUUCAAGCUUGGUUUCGAUCAUUCCUGGGCUUCAGAGAUUAGGGAAAUAUGAAAAAGAAGAAGUCGAUCGUUCUAUUGUUGUUGCUUCGAGGCCUUAUCUUUCUGAAGCAUGGGAUGAUAUGAAGAAGAAAAGAGAAGAAGAAGCAUUAAGGCUGAUAAGAAUUCCACCACUUGGGAACGAAGUUGAGAUUAAGCAUCAGCUUAGAUUCUGGGCUCAUUCUGUUGCUUCUGUUGUUAGAUGA